AUGAGCGCCAAUAACACUACGCUGCCGAUCGAGGCGGAAAGCCCGAGCCAGGUCUCUCUCAAUGUGCCGUAUAUCCUGUUGGAGCUCGUCAUCGCGCUGCUGUCGUCGGUCGGCAACUUGCUGGUGUGCGUCGCCGUAAUGAAGAACCGCCGCCUACGCACGGUCACCAACUACUUCUUGGUGUCACUGGCGGUGGCCGACGUGUGCGUGGGUGCUGUUGCCAUCCCCUGCGCCAUCAUGACGGACCUGGGCCUCCCGCGCCACAACUUCCUGCUGUGCGUGCUCAUGCUGUCUGUGCUCAUCAUGCUCACGCAGAGCUCCAUCUUCAGCCUGCUGGCUGUUGCCGUCGAUAGAUACGUGGCCAUUUUCAGCCCGUUUCGAUACAAGGUGAUAAUGACGCACCGCAACGCUCUAAUCACCAUCGUGCUCACCUGGCUCGUGGCCUUCCUCAUCGGCCUGGUGCCGGCCAUGGGCUGGCACAAGGGUGCGCCCAGCGACAGCUACUGCUACUUCGUGGCCGUCGUUGAUAUGAACUACAUGGUGUACUUCAACUUCUUUGGCUGCGUGCUCACGCCUCUGCUCAUCAUGUUCGUCAUCUACGCGCGCAUCUUCCUGCAAGUGCGGUACCAGCUGCGUCGCAUCGCCAACGAGGCCAGGGGCGGCGCCGGCAAUGCCCAGGAACGCAGCAUGCAGUCGCUGACGAAGGAGGUCAAAACAGCGACCUCGCUCUUCCUGGUGCUCUUCCUCUUCACAGUCUGCUGGAUUCCCCUCCACGUCCUCAACUGCAUCAGCCUAUUAUGCCCAGGCAGCAACACGCCGUACGGCCUGCUUCUCGCCGCCAUCAUUCUCUCGCAUGCCAACUCAGUGGUCAAUCCCUUCCUGUACGCCUAUCGCAUGAAGUCGUACCGUCGUGCUUUCCUGUCGCUCAUUAUGUGCCGGGGCGCGAGGGAAACCGACGAUGACACGCAGGUUCCCAGCACCAUCGUGGGCAUAGAGACUUCACGCACCAACCUGCCCAACAUGGUGCUGCAGGGCAACCCAGGGUAGCGUGGCAUUAAGCCUCCUCACAGGCAAACUUGGAGCCAGCAAAGCAUAAUCACAGAUAAGCUUGUGAGCUCCAAAGCCAAUAUUGUGAGUCACCAACUCAGAGAAGAGUUUACUUCACAGUAUGUAAUAUUGAAGCUUAGGCGGAGGUGGAAUGGGAUUUUCCCAUUGUAAAUGUGGACAAAAUUUGUCCAUAGUUACACUACGUAACACAACUUUUGUUCCUGGGUAGUAAGUGUUAUUUCCUAAUUGUUUAUGCCUCAAAAGAAUAUAAAAUGGUCAUCAUUCCCCACAAACUUUGCUUUUGUGACCAGGACAGCGAUAUUUUGAAAUUGACCUAUUUUCAAUGAGAAAACGGGCAAAUAUGUUUUUUUGUACACAUAAAGUAAAAAAAAAACUACAUAUGAAUCAAAAUUAACAUGUAUUUAUACUAAAUUACAAAAAUUACUACAAAAGAUUUAGAAGUGAGUAGUUUUUCGAGAUUUACGAUUAUACUGUAAAUCACUUUCACGAAUCAGACCCCAAAUUUAGUCUGCCAUCAUGUUCUCGUUAUACUGUUCAUGUUAGCGGCGUUCAAAGUCCAGUACAGUAUAUCCAGGUGGAAGCGCUCGCCUUGCUCCUCCGAAAACGCUCACAUGUUCUACUUGAAUUUAUCAAGAUGAACAUCAAGGAUAUAUGAGGGACAUCCUACAGCCCAUCGUGCAGUAGUUCUUCACCAGUCUCAACCAGCUCCACAUAGUUUUCGACCUUGUGAUUGCCCAGGAAACCACCAACCACUGCGACAAAGCUGUUCCAAACCGUGUUCUUUUUAAAUCCUUUAUAUUAAGUUUGCGUGCUUGCGUGCUUGCUUGCUUGCUUAGGACCGUGCAAAUCUUUCGGUCGUUUUUUAACCCACUUCCCGUGAUCCAAUCGAGCUGACAUUUUCCACACAGACUCGUUGUGUGUGACAAUUAAUUUUCGUGAAAUUUUUUUCCCAAAAUUUUACACUGUUUAGGGAAAACAAAUUAAAUAUUUAAUUACCAAUUGCUUAAUACUGGCAGACAAUCAUCUGACCCAUAGAUUGCAGCCAUCUCAAGCCAGAGGACGAGAGAACUCUAGCCACCACGCAUAUAAAGGAUUUUACGGGUUUACUUGUUACUAGUGAGCUUCUUGGGGAAUUCAUUGCACUCCAGGAUCUUCUUUACCUGUGGUCCGACGAAGACACCGGCUUUGACCUUUGCCUCAGACAGUUUAGGGAUGAAGUCUUGAAGGUAUUUGAAGGCUGCCGACUCCUUAGUUACAGCUCUGACAAAUUGUUUCAUAAGGCCCAAUUUGAUGUGCAGUGGUGGCAUCAGGAUCUUCCGGGGGUCCACCAGUGGCUCCCACUUGACGUUGUUCCUCCCCACAGAGAACUCGGUCUGCUGUGGCUAGUCCCGCCUGUGGUAAUGCGCCUUGGUGUCUAAAUCUUUUGUAAUCAUUUUUUUAUUACUUAAGUAUAAAUACAUGUUAAUUUUGAUUCAUAUGUUGAUUUUUUCUGACUUUAUGUGAACGAAAAGACAUAAAUUCGUCCGUUUUCUCAUUGAAAAAAGCUAAAUUUUAAAAUAUCACUGUCCUGGUCACAAAAGCAAAGUUUGUGGGGAAUAAUAGCCAAUUUCUGUAUUUUUAAUGCAUAAGCAAUUAGGAAAUAACACUUACUACCCGGAAACAACAUUUUUUGUUACACAGUGUUAUCAGCCUCAACCCUGAAAACCUAAAUAACUUUCACCUCUCUCAGCAACCUGCUUUUGCCAGUGAACACAAAGCUUAUUCUGUAGCUGUUUCAUUAAAAAAGAAAUGCACAAAUGAACAUCGGUAAAAUGAGCCGGACUAGCCAGUUUGUACAGCCAGCAUAAUUCAAGGGAAUGGGCAAGCAGAUAAUCCUCAUGCCUUUCACAUACACAUAACAGAUUAAAGGUCAAAUUACAAAAUAAUUGCUACGGCACACCACAUGACACAACAUGCAUGUGUGUUAGACCUCUUUAAAAUAUGUAUAAGCACUGUAUAUCAAAUUAUUGUAUUGAUUAUUUAUAUUUAUUUAUUUAUUUGUGAUGAUGUACUGGACACCAUUAUAGUAAUGCUGAUACAUCAUGGGACCUCCUUUGCCAGUACCAAAGAAUGAUAAUAGGUUUUUCCCCUUUUUUAUGGCAACAAAACAGGUGUUAAGAUGUUAAAACACCAAACUGAAACCUUUCAAGAGGAAUCAUGUCUGCAUUAACCACAAUGCUUGUGGUCAGAAUGCAAACAAAAAAUAUACUCUGAUAAUAUAUGCAUUGUCCUGGUCUAACACCGUUUGAGAGGUUAAAAAAAAAACUGUCUCUGGUGUGGACCAAUCAGUUUCAAGGACAAUGCAUAUAUUGUCAGAGUAUUUUUCGAUUUAAAGCUUUCGUGACUGCAGGGAUUCAUCCUCUUAGUUCUUUCGGUAAAGUCACGUAGA